AUGAAGUCAAUGUUAUCCAUUUCAAACAGCUGUGGGGAGCCGACAUAUUGUGAUGUGCGAUUGAUGACUCAAUUUCAAAGGACCGCGAGAAGUUUUCAUGUGAACAGGCGCAGAGAAGCGUUUGCGAGUAUGGAGAGAAAGGACAUAGAAUCCUUUAAUGAUACAAUAUCAAGGUUUGUAGAUCUGAGUGGUAAUAAACAAGACGCAGGGAUCGAAUAUCAUGACUUGGAGUACGAUAAAUCUUGCGCCAAAACAUAUUCGCCAGGGAGUUCAAGUUCACAACCGAGUGGAGUAAAUUUUGACAGGCGACAGACGCGUACGGAUGAAACGGACUCGAGUUAUUUCUCUUUCCCAGCGUAUCGUUCGAACCCGUCUUCACCCGAUCACAACGGCGCAAACUUUCCCGAGGAAGAAACGGGAGCUUUGACGAAUGAGGAAACGCAAUUCGUACUUGGAAGGGACAAUAGCCGUUCGCCCCCCACUGGCAGCCAUGAACAUAGAGAAAGCGAACAGAGUCUCGAACAGAGUUCACCACCGUCUGGGACAAACGCGCGAGUUUUUUACGAUGACGCUCACAGUAAUUCAAAUAUAAGUCAUGCGAGCUUCGCCAGGCCUUCGUCGCCUCGAAACACGGACAAUAACAUCAGCGUUAUUUAUUUUAAGGAUAGUCAACAUAACCGCCAGUUUAAUCGCAGAUUCCCCCAAACGCCAAUCCGUGUCGAGGAUCAGUUUCACGGGCUCCAGGGACAGGUUGAUGCGAGCGAAGUCAUGGAAACGAAUGUAUCGUUAGGGGUACUUGAAGGCGCACCAAGUAUGAUCCCGCAUAUUUAUUCUUCGUCAACUUCGGCGACAUUAUGUUCGACAACGGUGCCCUACAAACCACAACCGACACAGGAGGGGGUGCAAGGCGAAACUAAUGGAACUUUCAUUUGUCAAUGGCAGGAACCGAUACUCGGAACGGAUGAGGACGUUUGCGGCAAAGAAUAUCAGAGCCUUCAAAAUGUAGUUGAUCAUUUACGAGACGAACAUUUGACUAACGCAUUGGGGAACUAUUCGUGCUUUUGGCGCGAUUGCCCUCGACUUGGUGUUCCGUUUAAAGCAAAAUACAAGCUGGUGAAUCAUUUACGUGUUCACACGGGCGAGAGACCUUUCGUAUGUACGUACCUCGGAUGUAAGAAAGUUUUCGCGCGAACGGAAAAUUUGAAAAUUCAUAUUCGCACACACACUGGGGAAAAACCGUUUCUUUGUGAGUACCCCGGAUGUAGUCGAAGAUUUGCGAACUCAAGUGACAGACGGAAGCAUAUUCAUGUCCAUACUCUGGAGAAACCCUACCGCUGUAAGUUUCAUGGCUGCAACAAGUGUUACACUCACCCUAGCUCGCUCAGAAAACACGUAAGGACACAUACGAUGCGCGAUCAGGCUAACCAAAAUGUAGAACGCUCGUCUGUGGCAAGUUUACCAAGCGUGUCAAAGAUGCCUGCCAUAUCCUAUCCAGUUAUCCAUACAACGCUGGCUUAA